UUAUCAUAAAAUUAAACAAAAUUAAUACAUAAAACAAUUUUGUUUUGCAAUCGUUUAGCUAAUUAAAAAAAUUUAUAUCCGGUAACAGAUUGUUCCAUUAAUAUGUCGAGAAAAAAAGCUAUUAGAAAUCCGCUAGUGAGCUCCAAAUAACCCCUGCUGCAAAACGUGAUUUCACAUGUAUUUUUAUUAAAUGUGUAUUAGAAUAAAAUUUUUAAGUUCAUUGUCAGGCAAAAUUCAAAGAGAAUUCAAUCAACAUAAAAGAAAUUGUAGCUUUAAAUGUUCACAAGAAAAUAUAAAAAUAAAAACUUUUUUGCAAAAACUCCAUGUUAAAGAAACAUAUCUAUUAAAGUUUUCCAUUAACAUUUAUUUAGACAAUUUAUUUUACUAGCAAAAAUGGGGAAAAAAAAAGCAACAGAAGUUAUUGUUUUCCUUUGUGUUUCAACAACACUAUUUUGUAUUUUUUAUGAAUUGAAUUUCGCUAUAAAAAUUAAAAAUAUUUUAUUGUUGCCCAUUGUAAACUUAUCUCAAAAUGUAGGCUAUCAGCACAAAUAUAAAUCCUUAGAAGAAAUUCAUAACGUUAUUAAACAGCAAAUACAUAAAUUACAAGAAGAAGGUAAUUGUGAAGAAAAGAAAAUUUUAUUUUGUAAAAAUGUUCAAAACUUUUACGGUUUUGGAUCUAACGUACACAGGUAUGGUGUUUGUAUGCAAGUAGCAUAUGGAUUGGGAAGGAUGUUUUUUAUUGAGCAAGAUGAGUAUAGUCAUUUUGAUGGAGUGUUUCAAUGGGUUAAACCUGAAUCUUAUAAGUGUGGUUACCUGAAAAAAAAAUUUUCUGUUGACAAAUCACAAACGUGCAAUGCGCAAGACCCCUCAUGUUAUUUGAAAAAUGGCUAUGAUAUUAACAACACCCAUCGCGUUAUUGAGUUUAACACAAUAAAGAAUACAUUCCCAUAUCCUAGACACGUACCUGGAACACUACCAGAAAAACUAAAAGAAAAUUUAUCAGAUCUUGGUGUUAAAUUUCCAUGGCUUUGGUUUACUUCACAGUUUCUAGCAUAUCUGCUUUUAAGACCAAAUGACAGGUUUAACACAACGUUUUCUACUAUGAAAAAGCAUAUUAAUUAUACUUCACCUAUAGUUGGAUUUCACAUCAGACAUGGUGAUAAAAUAACACUUGGGGAAGCAGAAUAUGUCAAUGAAACUGUUUUUGUAAAAAAGGCAAAUGAUUAUUUUGACAAAAAUAAUGUGGGUAUUAAACGCAUUUACAUUGCAUCAGAUGAUUUACCUGCAAUAAAAACUGUUAAUAAACUAUUAUCUCCUAAUAUUUUUACAACAAGUCUUCCGGCAAAUUACUUAUCUUUUGGCUUAGGAAACUAUUUUCAGAAAAAUUUCUCAAAAGAAAUAAUAGAGAGUACGUUAUUAGAUUUGUAUUUCCUUAGUAAUGCUGAUUGCCUUGUGUGUGAUAUAGCUUCAAAUUUAUGUCGAUUAGCUUUCGAAUUAAAACAAGGCUUGCCUCCGUUUAGGCAAAAUAAUGUACUAAAGCCUGUAGGUGAAGAAAAAGAUAUUUACUACAGAUGGUACGACUUUGUUUACCCAUUUUCAUUAUGGAUUGCUUCAAGCAAUAAAUUGUCUUCAAACCUCAAUGAUAUCAUUAGAAUUAUUCGAACUGUUUCAACUACAGAAAAUGUUCCUUUUGAACAAAAAAAUGGUUUUUAUUGUAGAGCAGAAACAACAACAAACAAUUUAACUGACGUGUGGCUCAUCAAAAAGAUAACCUAUUCAGUAAAACAAGGUUCCAAGUAUGCCUUUUCUGGAACGAAUGCAAAAUAUGUUUAUAAGAAUGAUCUCAUCGAGUGGCCAGGUAGACCUACCUAUCAUUUUUUUACUUGAGGACUAAAACAAGGUAUCAAAUUUAAAACAUUUUAUUGUUGACAAACUAAUGCACGCUUGUUAUAUAUACAA